CGGGUAAUGUGGGAGGGACCACGGCAAAGAUGGCGGCGUCCUCAUCGGCAGGACGCGUCUUGACUCUUUGCAAGCAGUUUCAAAAUGUCUUGAGGAUAUCUUCAGCGAUAAAUACUCCGCACUGUGCUGCAAACUUCACCAAAUACCAGCCCCAUAUUUACAGGGAAAAGUCUCCACUUGCUGCCCUGUCUUGGUCCACUCCUACCAGCUAUGUGGGUCAGUGUCGAGCCCUGCACACAACCAUCAGCAGAAGAGGGCUGGAAGAGUUCUUUGACCUCCCUGAGAACUGGGGAGAAACCUCUGUGAAGUCAGGUGCACCAUGGACUGCCAAACAACUGAGGACAAAGAGCAAUGAAGAUUUACACAAACUCUGGUAUGUGCUGCUGAAAGAAAAGAACAUGCUGCUCACACUCGAGCAGGAAGCAAAGCGGCAAAGGGUUCAGAUGCCGAGUCCAGAAAGAUUAAGGAAGGUUGAGCGGUCGAUAAUCAGGUUAGAGACGGUGGUGACUGAGAGAGAGACUGCACUGCGUCUCCUGCAAACAGGACAGGAGAAAGGCAGACCAGGAGACUGGAGGAAGAAUGUGUUUGGAUACGUCUACUGGUAUCGAUUCAAGGAGUAUGCCAUUCCAUGGUACAUGAAUAAGAGAUACAAGCGAAAGAAGUUCUACACGCCCAAGUUUGUUGAACCAUUCAUCAGGCUACGCAUAGAGAAGCAUAUUCGAGAGAAGGCCAGGAAAGCCACCUUAAAGAAGGAAACUCAGGCAAAACUUCUGGAGAAGUUUCCUCACAUGAAAGUUUCAGCACCGUGAAAUUUCAUGCUCAAAUUUUACAGUUCAAAUUAGGAGAGGCCCUUGGGUGUGGAGAGAUUUCAGUAUCUCAUCUGUUGAGUUAAGUAGUCUGAAUCGGCUUAUGUCAAAUGACUGAAGUCUCAAGAAGUCUCUUGUUCUGUGUAGGUGAUGAAUUUAUUUGUCCAGCUGUUAUUUGAUCCUAUAAAUUAUGCUACAUCAACUAGAAAUGUGUUGGUCACUGUUUUCUUACUUAAUAUUAAACUACACCAUGUAUUGA